UUCAUAUCCUCCAGUAACCUUCUGUCUAUGUUUGACUCUAGGUUUGCUCUUGACCAUCACGGCACUCGACAAAUAUCAAUCACACAUUUCAAAAAUCAAGCUAAAGCAGAGGUAACAAUGAAGUUUGAGAGCAUUCUGGAAGAGACGGAUGGGUUUGGGCGAUACCAGAUUGCGCUGGUCUUGCUGCUGUCUAUACCUCGCAUCACAAUUCCGUGUCACUUCUUGCUGAACAACUUUAUCGCCGCCAUCCCAUCUCACCAUUGUAACAUCAGCUCUCUGGGCUCUGAGGGAAUCUUUGGAAAUCUGAGUCAGGAGGAGAGACUGACUGUUAGUAUUCCAGUACAGGAUGACGGGACUCCUGCAUCCUGUCACAUGUUCUCCCAUCCUCAGUUCCACCUGCUGUCAAACUCCUCCAGCCCCUCAGAGGUUGCUGUAGUCCAGUGCCAGAAUGGAUGGGAGUAUGACAACAGCAUGUUUAUCAGCACUCUCGCCACACAGUUUGAUUUAGUUUGUGAGAAGAGGGGACUGGCCAAAGCAUCAGCCACCAUAUUUUUUGUUGGCGUCAUGGCUGGAGCUGUGUUCUUUGGAGUGCUCAGUGAUAAGUAUGGUCGUAGGAGCAUGCUGCUGGUGUCUUAUGUGUCAUCUAUAGUGUUCAGUGUUGUUAGUGCUUUCUCAAGCACCUACAUCAUGUUUGCCGCCUUUCACUUUCUGACUGGAUUUGCACUGACGGGAAUCAUCAACAUAUCAGUUGUUCUCAGUAUUGAAUGGGUAGACACUAAACACCGUACAUUUAUGGGUGUGUUUGGCAGUAUUUCCUGGAGUAUAGGCAACAUGCUGCUGGCCGGUCUUGCCUAUCUAGUCACUGAUUGGAGGAUGCUGGUUAUUACUGUCACUUCUCCUCUUCUUCUUGCUACAGCCAUGUGGUGGUGGAUCCCUGAAUCAGCGCGGUGGCUAAUAGCCAAUGGAAAGGCAGAAACAGCAUACAAGUAUCUGCAAAAAUGUGCUGCUUUUAACAAGAAACGAGACUUUACAUCUAGAGUUAAACCAGAGACUUUGUCCACUGUAACGACUAUGGAACACCAGGAUCACAGUUACACUUACUUAGACCUGUUCAAAACCCCACAUCUGAGAAGAAUCACACUUUUCACCGGCAUAGUGUGGUACGGAGUUGCUUCUACAUACUAUGGCAUCAGCUUAAACAUCACCGGCUUUGGGCUUGAUCUUUACCUGACACACUUCAUUUAUGCAGCCAUAGAAGUGCCAGCGAAAAUCCUCAUCUACUUUAUUCUCAACAAGGUCGGCCGUAGAAUCACUCAGACCGGAACACUGGUGCUCACAGGACUCUGCAUACUCAUUAACAUCAUCACACCUACAGAAUACUGGACGUUUCGUACUGUGAUCGCAGUGUUGGGUAAAGGACUUUCAGAAGCUUCGUUCACGACUGUCUUCCUGUACACCACUGAGCUCUAUCCUACAGUCAUGAGGCAGAAUGGGCUUGGCUACGCCAGUUUUAUGGCACGUUUGGGGGCAUCCAUUUCUCCUCUUAUCAUGCUCUUAGAAGACAUGUGGAAGUUCCUUCCAGAGGUCAUUUUCUGCACGGUGGCCAUCUUUUCUGGUCUCAUCGCUUGGCUUCUCCCUGAAACAAACAACACAAGAUUGCCAGAAACCAUAGAAGAUAUUGAAGAGAUGAGAUCGGCAAAGAUGAAGUUUGAGAACCUGCUGGCUGAGGUUGGGGGGUUUGGAAAAUACCAGAUCAGUAUCAUCGCCCUUUUGGUGAUUCCGAGAGUCACGCUGCCGUUUAACUUCCUGUUAAACAACUUCAUCGCUGCCAUCCCAUCUCAUCACUGUGAUAUCAGCUCUCUGGAUGCUAACGGGAUCCUUGGGAAUCUGAGUCGAGAAGAGAGACUGACUGUCAGUAUUCCUGCACAGGAAGAUGGGACUCUUGCUUCCUGUCACAUGUUCUCCCAUCCUCAGUUUCACCUGUUGACAAACUACUCCAACAGCACAGAACUUCCUGUAGUGGAGUGUCAGAAUGGAUGGGAGUAUGACAACAGCACGAUUAGAUCAGCCUUGGCUACUGAGUUUGAACUGGUGUGCGACAGGAAAGGUCUGAAUAAAGCCACAGCCACCAUCUUCUUUGUUGGUGUGAUGAUAGGAGCAGCCAUUUUUGGCUGGCUGAGUGACAGGUAUGGAAGGAAACGAAUGCUGAUGGUGUCUUACCUGAUUACCAUUUCAUUUGGGGUGGCCAGUGCAUUUUCUCAGUCCUUUAUCAUGUUUGCUAUAAUGAGGUUCUUCACUGGAAUUGGCCUUACAGGCAUCAGCAUCAUCUCCAUCGUCUUAUGUGUGGAAUGGGCUGAUAUUGCACACAGGACAAUUGCUGGUGUCAUAAUCAGUUUUGAUUGGUCUAUCAGCACUAUGGUAUUGCCUGGCAUUGCCUAUCUCGUCAACGACUGGAGGCCUUUGAUCCUCACAGUAACCGCUCCUCUCGGACUGGCAGUGCUCACAUGGAGAUGGAUCCCAGAGUCAGCACGAUGGCUCAUAGCCAAUGGACGACUGGAAGAGGCCCAUUUUUACCUGAGCAAAUGUGCCUCAGCCAAUAACAGACAACACAAUCUUAGGGAUAUCAAACCAGAGACCCUUGCCAAUGUUAUAAUCACUGAGGACAGAGGUGAAAGGAAGUACUCGUGUCUGGAUCUUGUGGGGACUUCUAAGAUGAGGAAACUGGCUCUGCUUACUGGAAUCACCUGGUUCGGAGUGGCAUUCACUUACUACGGCAUCAGUUUGAACAUCACUGGUUUUGGGCUGAACUUGUACCUGACCCAGUUUAUUUAUGGUGCCAUAGAGCUGCCAUCAAAACUGGUGGCCUAUUUGUGUCUUAAUAAACUGGGCCGCAGGUACAGCCAGGUGGGCACUCUGGUCACAACAGGGGUCUGCAUUGGCAUCACUGUCCUCAUUCCCAGAGAUUUGUGGCUGCCUCGUACAGUCAUUUCUGUGCUGGGUAAAGGAUUCUCAGAGGCCUCCUUCACAUGUGUUUUCCUCUAUACCACUGAGCUCUAUCCGACUGUGUUAAGGCAGAAUGGAUUAGGCUAUAGCUCUUUUGUUGGUCGUGUUGGUGUUUCUCUUGCACCUCUUGUGAGCCUCCUGGAUGAGGUCUGGCUUCCUCUGCCACAGGUCCUGUUUGGCACUGUAGCCAUCAGUGCAGGUCUCCUUUCGCUGCUCCUCCCUGAGACCCACAAUGUGCGGCUUCCUGAGACCAUUGAGGACAUUGAGAAGACUAGGAAAAGAUCUGUGUGUUCACAACUUGAAUAUCAGCUUGGAACGAAGACCUACAAGCAGACAAAGUGAAUCUAAACUGUAGAGAAGAUGAAUC